AUGCAGUCAAUCGCUUCUCCUCAGCAACAAGACCCAAGAAAUGUAAGUAAUGGAAAUGGGAGCGGAAAUGCGAGUAAUCCUCCCGCAACAACUACCACAAUAGUACCAAUUUCAACAACAGCACAGCCACAACCUACAGCUCCACAACCUUCUCCAUCUCAGCAACCACAGCCUUUCCCAUCUCAGCAACCGCAACCUUCCCCAUUUCAACAAUUAUCACCACUAUCACCAACAACAGCACAACCACAAGCUACAGCUCCACAACCUUCACCAUCUCAACAACCAAAACCUUCACCAUCUCAGCAAUCACAACCUUCUCCAUCUCAACAACCAUCAACAACAACAGCACAACCACAACCUUCUCCACUUCAACCAUCACAAAUAACAGCGCAACCGCAACCUUCCGCUCCAAAACCAUCUUCUUCAUCUCAACAACCAUUAUCAACAACACAGCAAACACAAUUUCAACCAUCAACAACAGUACAACCACAAACAUCAACAACAGUACAACCACAAACUUCAGUGUCUAAAACGCUUACCGAUACAUCACCGCUGACACCAUCACCGUCCCCAUCUUAUGGAAAUACAAAACCAGGAAACAGUCCCACAGUUCCUAAUAACCCGAUUAGUUCAUCUCCUUAUGUGCCUAUAUCUUCAGUGUCUAAAACGCUUACCGAUACAUCACCGCUGACACCAUCACCGUCCCCAUCUUAUGGAAAUCCAAAACCAGGAAACAGUCUUAAUAACCCGAUUAGUUCAUCUCCUUAUGUGUCUAUAUCUUCAGUGUCUAAAACGCUUACCGAUACAUCACCGCUGACACCAUCACC